GUUAGGCGGCCUGGACCUGUAGCCGGAAUGGAGACCGAAGUGUCAGAUGCGAGUGACAGCCAGCUUCUGGACCAGGACCUGUAUGAUACUGACAGCUACGACGUCCCAGACCCGGGGCUGCUCAAGGAAAGGAAUGACUUGUUUCCGGAGCCAGUCCCACCGCUUUUUACCAGCAGCUCGCGGCAGCAGAACAUGACCCCGCGUGCCCGCGCCCACCAGCUGUGGCUGCUCCUCCGUGCAGGCCUCCGAGACUUCGUGGAAAAGGAAAAGAGAGCCGAGCUGUGCGUGGCACGCUUGACCCAUGGGCUAGAGCUGCUGCGCCACCUGAAAGUGGCAGCCGGGCUGUGCUGGGUGGCACAGGAUCCAGUGGGCAGACGCUUCGUGGUGCUGGAUGGUGCCGGCUAUCUCCACCUGCACAGAGAGGAUGGCUGGGCUUAUGAGAAGCUACAGGCCCCAGCCGUGCUCACUGGGCUGGUGGCUGUGCCUGGCCCCCUGGGUGCUGUGAGCCGCUUCGUGGGCUGGGGCCCGGAGGGGCUGGCCAUACUAAGGCCUGACUUCAGCCUACUGUGGCUGAGCAAGCCAGUGGUGGGCGGGAUGCCGGACCACCAGCCCAUCUGCUGCCUGCCAGUGCCCAGCCUGGGGCUGUUGCUAGUGGCAUUGGCAGGUGGCAGCCUGGCGCUCUGGAAAUUCCGUUCAGGGGGUCGCCGCCUGGUGCUGUGGGGCUCACCUCUGCGGCUGCCACCAAGCUCUGCAGGUACACUCACCCAUUUGGUUCUGGGGCCCCUGUCUUCCCACCAAGUCCCAUGCUGUUUUGCGGCCUAUGGCUCUGCCGUGCUCAUCUUUGAUCUGCACACCUGGGCCCUCGUAGACGUCCGCCGGGACCUGCACAAAAUCACUAUCUUGGACUUGGCCUACUGCCUCGAGGUAGACGCCGUGGUGACAGCCUCUCGGGACAGCACGGUGAAGGUGUGGGAGACCGACUGGCGGCUCCGGAUGGUGUUCAUGGGCCACACAGGCCCCGUGACGGCCGUGGCUGUGCUCCCCAACUCGUCCCUGGUGCUGUCCGCCUCGCAGGACGGGACGCUGCGCACAUGGGACCUGCAGGCAGCGGCCCAGGUGGGCGAGGUGGCGCUGAGCGGCUGGGCCCGAGACGUGGCGGCGGCGCGCGUGGACCGCCUGCUGGCGCCCGCGUGCCCAGGCUGCCCGGUGCUGUCGUUGAGCGCGCGCGGCGUGGCCUUGUGGCGCCCCCGCGAGCUGUACGCCCCGCUGGCGCGGCUGUCGGCGCCCGUGCUGCUCCUGCAGGUGGCGCCCGAGCUGCCCGCCGCCCCGCGCGCCCUGCUGCCCACGCGCCUCGUGUGCGCCUGCUCUGACGGCUCGGUCCACCUGCUGGCGGCGGCCACGGGGCGCUCGGUGAGCGCGCUGCUGCUGGGGGCUUCCAAGCCCGCAGCCGCGCUGCUCUACUGCCUGCCCCGUGAGGCGCUGUGGCUGCUGACGCGCGCCGGCCACCUGCUGUGCGCCACUGCCGCGCGCCGCCCCAUGCGCGUGCUGCUCCGGCUGCGCCCCCCGCCUGCCCCCGCGCCGCGGCCCUGCUGCCUGCACCUGUACAGCCACCUCGCCGACCCGCGCAGCGCCCUCGCCGCCUGGGAGGCCGUGCGCCGCCGCGGCGGGGAGCUGCCCCCCGGCCACCUGGCCGGCGCCUGGGACGACAAGAACCGGUACCUGCCCGUGGUGGGCCACACGGACGGCACUCUGUCCGUCCUUGAGUGGCGCCACGCGAAGACCGUCUUCCAAACGGCGGCACACAGCCCGGGCCCGGUCACCGCCAUUGCGUCCACCUGGAACAGCAUCGUGUCCUCGGGCGGCGACCUGACCGUGAAGAUGUGGCGCGUCUACCCGUACGCUGAGGAGAGCCUGAGCCUGCUGCGGACCUUUUCCUGCUGGCACCCGGUGGUGGUGCUCUGUGCGCUGGGGAAGCGGGUCACUGUGGGCUUUGAGGACCCUGACACUGCCACCUACGGCUUGGUGCAGUUCGGCCUGAGCAACAGCCCCCGCUGUGAUCACCGGCCCCAGGACGACCCCACGGACCACAUAACUGGCCUGUGCUGCUGCCCCACGCUCAAGCUGUAUGCCUCUUCCAGCCUGGACUGCACCGUCCGCAUCUGGACGGCGGAGAACCGCCUGCUGCGGCUCCUGCAGCUGGACAGCCCCCCUCAGGCCCUGGCCUUCUGCAGCAACAGUGGGGACCUGGUGUUGGCUCUGGGUUCCCGACUCUGCCUGGUGUCUCAUAGGCUCUACUUGCCCACAUCCUACCUGGUCAAGAAGCUGUGCCAGAAUGUCCCUGAGGUGGUGGAUGACCCUCCGCUGCCCCUGACCAGCCAAGAGUCGCUAACCUCAGCCCAGCUGCAGAGGCUCGCCAAGCUGCAUGGGGCGGCCAGUCUUAGCACAGACUUGUCUUUCAUCCAUCACCAGACGGGAACACCUCAGCAACCAGUGUUGGAGGAGGAUUUGGAAGCCCUAGUUACUCGGGAUCAAGACCUUCAGCAGCUGAGACUGGGGCUGGUGGUCCCGGCAGCCCAUCCCCCACCUUCCUGGCAACAGCAGCAGGAGGCCUUUGACAACUACCUGCGCCUGGUCUAUGGCCCGGGCUUGCUGGGCGUGCCUUCUGGAAGGGAGUCCCAGCAGGAGAGCACUGUGACCCUCAUAGUGGAGAGAGAGACCUGGGACGUGUGCACCUUGCCCAGAGCUGCCAGCAGUGUUCGUCAGGCAGGGGUCUGUGCCGAAGCCCCAACAGUGCCAGCAGCCCACUCCCUACAGGACCCGGGAGCCGUGGGCCAGCACCUUGCCCACCCUCCCCGAGUCCCUAUGCCCACCCCACACACACACCGAGGAGUGCACAGCAGGGCAUCCCAGCUGCUGGUCCACUCCUCCCUGAGCAGUAGCCUGGGCCUCAGUCUGGACCUGCAGCUGCAGCUGGAGCGGCUCCCCGGAGAGAAGCGUGUGGGCCCGGGCCCACCGACCCCCAACCUUCAGCACAGGGUUCCCCUCUUUUCAAAGAGGCGGCCCAGGGAGCUUCUUUCCAACCUCCGAGGCUUCUUUCCUGCCGCCAUUGAACAUUACGAGAACCUGCAGACGCCCAUCCGCUUCCCCGGCAGCGUGCCCAACUCCGUGGUCCUGCAGCACAUGUGGCUUCCCGGGGAGGUCAGCGGCCUCGGGGCCCUCGCCCAGAUCUCCAGCCGAGGCAGACACAAGGUGAGGAGGAGCCUGGAUGACGUGUGGCUGCCGCGGCGCAUCAGGCGGCGCCAAGCCAGGUAUCACCAGAAGCUGAUCCAGUGGUUGGGGGAAGAGGAGGAGGAGGAGGAGGAGGAGGAGGAGGAGGAGGAGGAGGAGGAGGAGGAGGAGCGGAAUCUGGACUGGGCCUCAGAUUACCUGAGCGCAGAGGAGCAGCUCUUGGAGUUGGAGGAGCUGGAGGCGCAGAACCUGGUCCUGCAGCUCAGGCAGCGCGCGGGCGCCAGGACCGACGCCAGCUCUCGCCGCCUCUCGUACCCCUAUGGGCGCUCGCUCUGGAAACAGCGCUACGGGCAUCUGCCCAGGUUCCUGCAUUUCUUCAUCGUCCAGAACUGGUUCAAAAAGCUGUUCCCCAUCUUCACCCUGGAGGCCUACCCUGAGGUGGGCACGGUGGAGGGCCUGGCCUCGCUGUUCACCGACCUGCUGUGCGAGGCGUCCUGGGCCGACUGCGUGCACAUCCUGCGAGCGCUGCUGAGGCUGCUGCCCAACGUGAGCAGGGACCUUCGGGACCGGCUGCAGGACGUCCUCGUGCGCCUGCUCAACCUGGACCGGCCCCCCAGCCUGGAGGACCCCACGCAGAAGCAGUUCGUGAUGCUGGCGCUGCAGCUGCUCCUGGCCUGCUCCCUGGAGUCCCGCGAAGUGGUGCUGGAGCUCAUGUCCUACUUCCUGUACUCGCCGGUCUCCUGCCGGCCCGAGCUCAAGAAGCUGCUGGACGGGCUGGGCCUGCAGGACCCACAGGGCUUCCUGUUCAAGGAGAUGAUGACCUGGGUCCAGGGCCCCGACGCUGACUCCAAGGCUGCCCUGCGCAAACGCUGCUGCCAGAAGCUGGAGGAAAUGAUCCACUGGCUGCAGAUGGAGUCCUUGCAGCCUUCUGUAGCCAAGUUGUCAGAGAUGCUGCCCAGGGUCUGUGAGCCCUCAGCACCCGCACCUUCUCCCAAGGAGGUGCUGUCACAGGUCUCUGUGCUCUCCUGGUCACCUCACGAGUCAGUGAUGCCCUCGGUCCCUUCCUGGGCCCCCUCACUAGUGGUCUCACCUGGGAAGCUGGACUUGGCCACCCUGGAGUCCCCAGCCAAGAAGGUGCUUUCACCGAUGCACUUCACACCGACCAGGCGCAUGCUGUCCGAGACCCUGCUGCACUUCUCCCUCUCUGAGGGCCGCUUGAGCUCCUCAGUGCCCACCACGCUUCGGGAAGAGCCACUGCCGCUGGAGCAGACGGACUGGUCACGGUCACAGAUGCUGGACCUGGGCCCCAUCGAUGCGCUGAACUUCUUCUGUGAGCAGCAGCGGGUCCGGCAGCAGCGCUUCCUGCAGGAGGAGCGGCAGGGCCUGCACCCCAGCCCAAGCCCGUUGGUUCCCAACACAGUACUGCCUCAGCCCCUGGACUGCUGGCACUACCCCAUCCUCCGGCUUCAGGAAGCCAAGCUCCAGGGGGCUCCAAUGAGACUGAGGGGGAGACAGUGUGAAUGAGCAGCGGGGAGGAGUAGAGGGAGACCAUUCAAGCAGAUGCCCCACUGAGCAGGACCGCAGCACCAGGCUCCAUCUGACGACCCUGAGAUCACCAUCUGAGCCGAAACCAAGAGUCGGAUGCUUGACCAACGGAACCCUCCCAGGGCCCCCUGGGUCUGCCUUGGUGAAGGGCUGUUCUAGCUUUUACAUUCUCCUUUGGGGUCGUGGAGCAGCAAUUUCUUACCUUUGAAUGUUUUCAGCCUCUGACUUCAGAAGUUUUUUCUCAGUGUCUUUCUUUCUUUCUUUCUUUCUUUCUUUCUUUCUUUCUUUCUUUCUUUCUUUCUUUCUUUCUUUCUUUUUCUUAUUUAUUUAUUUUUUUUCUCAGUGUCUUUCUAGAUAAAAUUUAUCUCUCACACCUUCCCCACAACCCCAGAACUGUGCCUGGGCUCUAGUCAUGGCGACUAGGGCAAGAAUUGCCCAGUCUGGAGAACUAAAGACAUGACAUUUGUAUAAAAGGGCCAUGCCGCCUAAAGCAAGGACUGUGGGGUGCAUCGUAGUCUGCUUCUUCUGGUAUUUCAUUCAAAUUAUAAAAAGCAAUCAAUUCUUGUAAAACUACCAACAUGAGAGUGACGCCCAGCUGGCUCAGCCAGUGGAAUGUGCAAAUCUUCUCAGGGUUGUGAGUUCAAGCCCCAUGUUGGGCAUAUAGCUUACU